CUCGAUUACAUGAAGUGGUUGCUUUAAUACCUUCAGCAGCAGACAUACAUGCAGAUUACAGAGCGAGAUCUACUCGCCCUAGGAAAGAAGGAGUAAAAUAACUCAGUAUCUUUAGAAGACUGACUGGCUGGGGGAGGUGGAUGCGCUAUUCUUGUAUCAGUAAAGAGCCAGCGUUAAAUAACGAGGACGCAUAACACAUCAGAGGUGAGGCAAACAAACGGCCCUUGGUAGAGAGCUUGGGUGCGAAGACUGCACGAGCUGCAUCUUAUCGCAUUUAGAGAUGAGAGUGAGGCAAGGCUGCGACGCGGGUGUCCCGUGUACGACUGAGGAGGAUUUGCUAAAAAGCACAGAAAUAACGCCGGAGGAUGUACUCGGGCUGCAGAAGAUCACAGACAAUUACCUCUGCGGUCCAGAACAGAACAUACACAAGAUCGACUUCACCAGGUUCAAAAUCCGAGACAUGGAGACGGGCAUGGUUCUUUUUGAGAUCACCAAACCCCCUACAACAGAGAGUGGGGAGGACAGAACGGACUUUGACCAGAACGCCGGGCGCUUCGUGCGUUACCAGUUCACCCCCGCUUUCCUCCGACUACGACAGGUUGGCGCCACGGUGGAGUUCACUGUAGGCGAUGUUCCCAUCAACAACUUCCGAAUGAUCGAGAGGCACUAUUUCCGUGAGCAGCUGCUGAAGAGCUUCGACUUUGAGUUUGGCUUCUGCAUCCCGAGCAGUAAGAAUACCUGUGAACACAUCUAUGAGUUCCCACCAAUCUCUGAAGAUAUAAUGCGUGAAAUGAUCCUCCACCCAUAUGAGACACAAUCCGACAGCUUUUACUUUGUGGACAACAAGCUUGUGAUGCACAAUAAGGCAGAUUAUUCUUACAACGGUGGACCGUAGUACACGUAGAUAUAGGCAUAUAGGCAUCUAAUCUUAUAUGUGAUGAUGCAUUGGGUUAAACAAAAAAAAAAACAAUCUCAGGACAUGUGUAUGGGUGUGUGUGUGUGUGUGUGUGUGUGAGAGAGAGAGAGAGAGAGAGAGAAUGUUACUCAGAAUGGGCCAGUACUGCUUUUUUCCUUAUCAUUUAAAGUAUGUAAUAACUUUUGAACUCUCUUCAAGUAUUAGAGUGUGCCUGUGUACAUGUGCAUUAAUUGCAUGCUCUGUUUUUAUUUUUAAAAGCCCAAAGACAAAUCAUUCAAAACAACUCUAAUUUGUGACUACAUUUUCUUACAAUGUUUCUCAUGGCUUCUAAAGCAUAAAAAGAGAGUCAUGUAGAGUGAGUUGGAGAUACAAUGGCCAAUGCAGUGUGUUUGAACCUUUAAAGGAAGGGAUACUGUCAGGAACUGUGUGUUUUGCCCUGGCAUUGCACCCACUUCCCGUUGGCUUCUAUGAAAGGGCCAGAUUUUCUUUCAUUUUUCAAACUUUCAUUUUUGAAUACUAUUAAUUUGGUCGAUGAUAUAAAUCUGUUAUUUAUAUUAAUAUGCUCUUAUUUAUAAUGAUAUACAUUUCCACACAUAUCAAAAAUAGUGAAAUAGUGAUCUGUCUAUUGUUUCGUGCAAUUUAACAAAAAAAGAGAAAAAUAAAAAUUCCGAAGUUCUUUAACUCA